CAACUUUAGCUGCCCAGCACCCACGAAGAUGUCAUCGAAUCAUCAUCAGAAUUAACUCCGUUUUGUACUCCUGUUUAAAUACAAUAAAAUAAAAGUUUCUAUCAAAUUCACCGCUCGUGUUCGCUGGAACUCGCAUCAUGACCGUAGAGGAACCGCAGAUUGUGGCCAUCAGCGUCAGCCACAAGCCACAAGUGGGAUACCUGAAGGAGGAGUCCACCUGGAUUCAUUGUCCUUCGUGUGAGAAGUCUGGCACGAGUGUGGUGCAACUGGAGUUGGUCACUUGCCUGCAGAGAUUUCUGGGAUUCACAAAACUUUGUAAAAAAUGGUCUGGCCGCCAGGACAUCAAUCACUAUUGUUCGCACUGCGGCUGUUUCAUUGGAAGAUUUGUGCCCAUCAGCUGCAUGGAACGUUGCAUUUCGAGAUCGGCGCGUAAACAGGCGGCCGUGGAUGAGAUGACCCUGAAGACACGACCCAAAGAUUGCGCUGAAAGGGCACAGAAAUCCAGGGAGAAAGUUCUGGCCAGCAGGGAGAAGAAGAGAGCAGAGAAAGCGGCCAAGGAUCUGGAAAAAUCCCAAACGCAAAUAGCAGUACACCAAUAAUCAAGUGCUUCCGGCUGUUUUAACUCACACCAUCGACUAAACAUUUUAUUUUAUUGUGCUUAGAACAGUA